GUGGCUUCCUCCCUGCUGAGGAAUUUGGAGGAUUUCUCCCCAGCCGUGCUGGCAGCCCUGGGCCAGGCUGCCCUGGGGCUCUCAGUGUCCAGAAUCCAGGAGAACAUCCCUGAGGAGCAGCUGGAGGCAGCUCUGCCUGCCCUGGGCAGAGUCCAGGGCUGGAGGAGUGAGCAGGCCAGGGCUGUGGUCAACAAACUGCUCCAGUCUGGCUACCAGAUCCGGGAUGGACAGAGCCUGGCACAGCUGGGCACUUUGGUGGGUGGCCUCAACAGCAGCACGCUGUGGAGUUUGUCCCCAGAGGUUGUCCUGGAGGCCAUGCAGCUGCCAGCCUUUGCCCAGCACGUGGGCACCCUGCCCCGUGCUCUGAAAAGGAUCCUGGUGGAAAAGGUUUCCUCCAGGGUUGCCCACCCCUCUGAGCUGGUCAGACUCAUUCCCAGUGCCCUGGCCAGCUCCAUCCCAAAAUCCCUGCUGGUUUUUGGGGAAGAGAUGCCAAAUGUGCAGGAUCUCAACAACAAACCAUGGACCAGAGAGCAGGCUGCCAUGUUCUUCAGCGAUGUGGUGAAGGCAGAGCCUGACUUCAGCAGGGAUGCUCCACCCCAGUUAAUGCCUCUGCCUUUAUUGCAGGGAGUUCCUGGCACAAAAAUAAAUCACACAAGCGCUGAGAUCCUGGGCUGGCUGGUGUGUGAGCUGGAUGGGGACUACAUCAGGAGUUCUGGGGGCAGCUUGCUGAAGGAUUUGAGCCAGUGUGGAUCUUUCCUGCCCGAGCAAGAAGAGGCCAUCAGGGACGUCCUCAGCAGUGGCAACACCACCUUUGGGCCUCCUUCAGCGUGGUCAGCCUUCACCCUGAGCGAGCUGAGCGGGCUGAUCCCCGUGCUGGGUCCCAGCAUCCUGCAGCAGAUCCCCAAGAAAGCUGUGACCACCUGGCUGAGGAACUUUGCCUGGGAUUCCCACCUGUCCAGGGAGGAGCUGGCCACGGUCAUCGGGGGGCUCCUGCCCCGCCGGCACAAGCGACUGAGCUGCUUGCUGAGGAUGGUGACCCUGCAUGGGAUUCCCCAGGAUUGGGACACUUAUCCCCAGGACCUGCUGCUGUUUUUAAGCCCCUCAGACUAUGCAGGGAACUGCAGCCAGUUCUUCAGCAACGUUGGGAAGGCAAACAAGGACGUUCUGCCCACAGAGCAUCCUCAGAGGCAGCAGCUGCUCCUGGAGGCUCUGGAGUCUUCAGCAGGUUGCCCAGCUGAUCGGGAGAUAACAAAGGAAAAGCUGGAUGAUCCGCUGAUGCCCACCGACUACGUACCUGAGGAGCUCCUGCGUGCCUGCCUCCACAACAUCUCCCAGGAAAAUUACCUCUACCUGGAAAAUGACCUCUCCAAUAUCCUCAGCAACUACGCUUUCAGCAACCCCCAGCUGGCUGUGCUGAAGGAAUACCUGGACGAGAGGUAUCCCAAUGGUUAUCCUGAGAAAGUGCUCUCUGCAAUGGGCCCUCUGCUGCACCUGCUCAGCCCAGAGGAGAUCUCCACCUGGAACAUGAGCUCUGCUGACUCCCUGGCUGCAUUCCUGAAAACUCAGCCUCAGCCCUCGGAUUCCCUGGCCUCAGCAGCAAUCAAACGCUACCUGGAGCAGGGCAAUGCCCUGAAUGCCACGGCCCUGGAUGCCAUUGGCACCAAGUACGUGUGCCUGCUGAAUGCCACUGACCUGAAGGCCAUCAACCCCUCCAGCCUCAAACUGGCUUCUCUGAAUCCUUCAGCCUGUUCCCAGGAGACAAAGAACAUCUUGUACCAGAAAGCCAAAGAAGCUUUCUCUGACCAGCACCAUUCAUCUGCUUACUAUGAGCUGAUUUUGCCUUACCUGGGGGGGGCUCCUGCUGCAGACCUGAAGGUUCUCAGCAAGGACAGCGUGAACAUGAACGUGAGCACCUUUGUGACCUUGAGGAGAGACUCCCUGAUG